AUGAGUAUUCGUUUAAAUGAUGAAGAGCAAAUCUCUCGAAAUGAUGGUAUUAGCAGUACUUUGCCCACAUCAGCGAACUACGUGAGGCAUAACCAUAUAAAUAAGCAUCAAUUAAGUUCUAUUGUGGCCAAAAUAGAGGAGAGAUGUAGUGCUGUGCGUAUUCAUAACAUCCCAUUCAUUAACAUUGGCAUUAUUUCGGUUUUAGUGUAUCUCCUCUGCAGGUUGAGCACUAAAUAUCAUAAAUUGUACACGCGAUCUUCGUUAUUAGCCACAAUUGCCACAAACUUGGUUUUGUUCGGCAUUGCCGAUACUAUGGCCCAGAGUAUUUCUGCCUUCUUUUCCGAUUCUAGACGGAUCCAUCUUGACGAUACCAUUAAGCGUGGAGAUACUGAUGAAUAUAAUUAUGAGGAUGACAAUCAGAGUUCAAGAUCCAGAGCAUCUAGUGUAUCUUCUUCUGGUUACGCACUUGAAAUCAAUAGAUAUGUCCGCUCAAUGAACUUAUCUGAUUCCACAGAGCAUUAUUUUGUUGAUUACGGAGAUGUCAGUCCAGAUAUAUCUCCACCUCCUGUUGAUGUGGAACUAGGUGAAGGGGGCAACCCAGCAAGACAGAUUCAGGUUAAAAGAGUUGAAUUCUCUCCCACUCGCUUUAUCUUCAGAAGAUUUUUUGCGUUCAUGCUUUGGGGAUUUAUACAGGCAUUUAUUCAAGUUGCAUGGUACUCUUUCUUGAAUAGUAUGUAUACGGAUGAUCCUACAAUUGUCGGUGUGCUCGAAAGGGAUCUUACAGACCAAUUAUGUUUUUCACCAGUUUCGCUAAUCUGCUUUUUCACAUAUGGAACUAUAGUAAUUGAAUCUGGAACAAUGCAGGAUGUCAGAUCCAAGCUCUACAGGAUUUACCUUUCAACCUUGGUUUGCAACUUCUGUCUUUGGUUUCCUGUUCAAUUUAUCAACUUCCUUGUUAUGCCAAGGAGAUUUCAAGUUCCUUUUAGCUCUACUAUUGGUGUUCUGUGGAAUUGCUUUUUAUCAUUUAGAAACGCCUCUGCCAAGUAA